AUGCAGAGUUCACUCACACGAAAUGUUGAACGGCUUCUUCAUACAGGCCCACUUUGUCUUGCUGAAUCGGCCCCACCCGGACUCAGCAGGCAGUUGCCAUGGCGUCAGACCCACGGGCGCAAUCCCAUCUCUGGCCAGCUUAUGACUGUCGCGGGAAAAGCGGAGGGGCGAGCGGACACGAGCAAAUUUAGUUGCUCAUUUCCAGCCAAGAUCGCCCAACUCGAACUGAUAAGAUCAGUUUUGCCCGACAACCCAUCUCGACCAUUUCCACCCAAAGCCAGACAACGGCUGCCGACUAGUCUCGAAAUCACAUCGUCACCCAAAGUCACGGACAACUGUGAUUAUCGCAUGAUUUCCCCUUUCGCCCAUUCCCACUCAUAA